UUGCAGCUCAUCCAGCACAAGGCCGAUGUCAACGCCGUCAAUGAACACGGGAACUCCUCCCUCCACUACGCCUGCUUCUGGGGGCAGGAUGAGGUCGCAGAGGUGCGUCGUCGGCUGUGGAAGGGCCGUUGGCAGGGCAACGACAUCGUCAUCAAAGUCCUGAAAAUACGCGAUUGGACCACAAGGAAGAGCCGCGACUUCAAUGAGGAGUACCCCAAACUGAGGAUAUUCUCUCACCCCAAUGUCCUUCCAGUCCUGGGUGCGUGUCAGUCUCCACCCGCCCCUCAUCCUGUGCUCAUCACCCAUUGGAUGCCCUACGGAUCUCUGUACAAUGUUCUGCAUGAGGGGACCAACUUGGUGGUUGACCAGUGCCAGGCAGUGAAGUUUGCGUUGGACAUUGCCCGCGGCAUGGCGUUCCUUCACACGUUGGAGCCUCUCAUUCCUCGCCAUUACUUGAACAGUCGCAGUGUCAUGAUUGAUGAAGAUAUGACGGCUCGUGUCAGUAUGGCGGACGUCAAGCUUUCCUUCCAGUGUCCGGGACGCAUGUACGCACCAGCCUGGAUCGCACCGGAAGCUCUGCAGAAACGUACCGAGGACAUCAACCGCCGUUCUGCCGACAUGUGGAGCUUUGCCGUCCUGCUCUGGGAGCUGGUGACCCGAGAGGUUCAAACCCCAAUUCUGCUUCAGGUGUCCCUGGAAGGCCUGCGCCCCACCAUCCCCCCCGGCAUCUCCCCGCACAUCUGUAAGCUGAUGAAGAUCUGUAUGAACGAGGAUCCCGCCAAGCGGCCAAAGUUCGACAUGAUCGUUCCCAUCCUGGAGAAAAUGCAGGACAAGUAAAGGCGCCGGCGUUCAUUGUCCCACCCUGACUGCUACACC